GGUGGCUGGCAGAGUCGACGCGUUCUGCCUAUUUUCAAAGAUCGAUCUUGUUCUCCUUUUCGUAACACCAAAACUGCAUUUCAAAACAUAAAUAAUGUCGCGAAGAAUAACAGACGCUGACCGUUACGCCUCCAUGAAGACUUACAUCGAGGGACUGGUGGACACCAGCUUGUUCACCAGUAACGUCGCACAGCUAGUGGCGAUCACCAGGUCAGAGGGCGGUGUCGACACAGGCCACGAGAUUGCAAGGGUGGUCUUGCUUUCCAUCUGCAUUGUCAUCGAGGCGAUUGUGAUGAUUAUGCUCGUCUACCAGUAUUCCCAAAACAUCAACGAUCUUGGAGAAGGUGCUGAAGGAGAGGAGGCUGACGAAAAAAAGGCGGAAAGAGAAGAAUGUCUCAAAAACAUUAAUACUGCUUGUACCGUGAUGUGCGCUCUGCUGGUGUUACUCAACAUCGUCAUUGUUGCCUUAUCCGAAAACCAAGCUUGACUGUGCGUGGCUAUCCUUUGAAUGGUUAUGUCGUUAUGAAAAUGAUUGGACUCAAAACUAGCUUGAG